AUGGCAGACACCGGAGUAAACACACCAGCUCCUUUGAUCGCAGAGGAGGGCGAACAUACAUACAAGUUCAAUAUUUCGAUGAGCUGUGGAGGAUGCUCUGGAGCUGUUGAUAGAGUUUUGAAGAAAUUGGAUGGUGUCCGCGCAUACGAAGUCGAUCUCGCAGGUCAAACCGCAACAGUCAUUGGAAAGCCAGAAUUAGAAUUCGAUACUGUGUUGGAGAAGAUCGCAAAGACGGGAAAGAAGAUUAAUACGGCGGAGGCGGAUGGAGUAAGCAAGGAUGUUGCUGUUAAGACUGAAUAAGCGGUCGGAGAGAAGGAGGGAGGAGUGGACUCGUGAGCAUUUGAUGGAUAGAUGAUGGCGGAUGAUGGGAUACGAAUACAUAUGCGGUGGAGAGACUGGUAGAUUGAGACA